AUGGCUGUGCCCGGCGCGCCACACUUCCUCCUGACCUUCGACUUGGACAAGAGUAUCGUGGAUGAAAACAGCGACGACUCUGUUGUGCACCUCGAGGGCUUCUACAACGAGUACAUGCAGCGCGUCUUCCAGUACCUGGGCGAGCAGGGCGUGCGGCCGCGGGACUUGCGCGCCAUCUACGAGGCCAUCCCCCUGUCGCCCGGCACGGGCGAGCUGCUGCAGUUUGUGGCCAAGCAGGGCGCCUGCUUUGAGGUUAUUCUCAUCUCAGACGCCAACACCUUUGGCGUGGAGAGUGCGCUGCGCGCCGCCGGCCACCACGGCCUGUUCCGCCACAUCUUCAGCAACCCCUGCGCUCGCUGCCCCGCCAACAUGUGCCAGCACAAGGUGCUCAGCGACUAUCUGCGCGAGCAGGCCCACGACGGCGUGCCCUUCGAGCACCUUUUCUACGUGAGCGACGGCGCCAACGACUUCUGCCCCAUGGGGCUGCUGGCAGGCGGCAACGUGGCCUUCCCGCGCCGCCACUACCCCAUGCACCGCCUUAUGCAGGAGGCGCAGAAGGCCGAGCCCAGCUCCUUCCGCGCCAGGGUGGUGCCCUGGGAAACCUCCGCCGAAGUGCGCCUACACCUGCAUCAGAGCUGUAAAGGAGGUGAAGGGGCGGAGGUGAGCGAGGUGUCUCACGCUGCCGUCUGGGGGAUGAGGGCGAGUCCCUCGGCCCGCUAG